AACUUUGAUACUUUCGGUACUCACUCUAUUUCCCGCCAGCUCAUGAAAAGCUACCAAGUACCUCUCUAUCAUCCUAUCAACCAACAUCUUUCCAAGUGGAAUAUGGAUUAUUUCCAGAACAAUCACUCCCAGCAUUAUUAGCAUUCCCUAUUCUGUCCAAAUAUUUCUCGUCGGUCGCAUAACAUCAGAAAGAAACAUUUACUACUUUUGCGUAUCAUUUCAUCAUCGGUUUUCACAUCAAUUACCUACUCAAGUCUGCUGAACUUCUAGGUCCUCCUGCGAUCUUCUUCGCAUUUGACCCCAUACGCGGCCCUGGAGAUGGCUCGACUAGAGGAUUUACCGCACGAAUUAUUUCGCGAGAUUUUUACGUAUCUUUCCCCUCGCGACACAAGCACUGUCUGUGUCCUGAACAAGAGACUCCACUGGCUGUUAUUCGAAGAAAUAUUCCAAAGCGCUUACCGAAGAAAGGCCACGAGCGAGCAGUCGGGAACAACAGUACUGAACACACUGUUCUUUCAUGCAUUGAAGAAUGAUUCGAUCAACUUGGUGGAAUGGAUUCUAAGGCAUGAGGGCGAGCUUGAUCUGAACGGAUACAUUCCUAAAUAUCUAGAGGGUCCCAUUACGACCUACACAACCGAGAUCCUUGAGGCUGUUCGGGCAACCCCCAACAUGACUUACCUCCAACUCGCAAUCCUCAAAGACAACCCGAAGGUUGUAUCGCGCCUAGUCAAGUAUGGAACUGAUCUCAACUCCAAUAUGGGCGAUUAUCCCGAUUUAACACCCCUAUACAUGGCAUUGGCACAGUGUCGCGUCAGCAGCCCUAAAGCUCUCGACAAUGCUCUUCGAAUCGCGUGUACAUACGCUUUCCCCAAGACAGUACACUUCCUAUUGAAGAAUAUGGCAAAUUCCAAUAGCCAGAGCUCUCUGGGCUAUUCUGCCUUGCAUUAUGCAGUGUCGAAAAAGCUUCCAUACCGUCGAUUCGAGAAUCUUUCGUCUACAUCCUGGGGACUUAUGGUCGAAAAAACCGUCCGCGCAUUGCUCGACUUCAACGCAGACGUAGAGUUCAAAACGAUCAACACACGAAUCCACCAAUGCGGCCACAAUUGCUGGCACUCGUUCAAUUGCGAUAGUUCGGGGCAGACUGCGCUUCAACUUGCCUCCGGCCGCGGGUUGAGCGAAGCAGUGCAUCUUCUCCUUGACAAGGGAGCCGACCCCAACUCAGCGAAUGGAGAUGGAUAUAGUGCUCUGUACACGGCUUUGGCUCAAGGACAUGUGCCUAUCGCAAUCCGUCUUCUAGAACGCCUAUAUGCAAAAAUCAAUCCAAUCGUCCACGAACAGACCAGGAUGACUGCCUUGCAUGCUGCUUGCCGUUUUGCUGUACCUGACGUGGUUCUCCGUCUGCUAGAACGCGGAGCAUGCGUCAACGCUCCUGAUUCCCGUGGCAUCACUCCUCUCCACGAGGUGUUGGGCCAGACCUGCUUCGGUGCAGAAGAUGAGGUCCUCAGGACCUUAGACUACCUUGAUGAGUAUGGCGCCGACCCUGACAUCGACACGGGUGCACAAAUCGGUAGCCCAAGGAAAUUAGGAGAGGAUCAUCCUAUUCCAGAGGUUCGGGUCAUGUUCAUCAAAGAGGCCCCUAAGGAGUGCAAAAUUAGUGGAUGGUUAAGUCGCCCAAAUCCGAGCAACAAGGAAAUGCAAGCAACUCCUUCUAUCGAAUCCGCUCCAAAGGCUCUUGUAGUUCAACCGGCAACUCACGUUCAUGAAGUAGAAAGCAACCGGGCUCCAGACCACGUUGAUGAUUUCGUUAAGAAUCACUCUGCCUCCCAGAGCGCCCCAAAUGAUCAAUCCAAGAAGUCGCAGGAUCGCCGGAAACCCCGAAAUUCUAAGAACCCCUGGAAGAACUUACAGUCCAUGGAUAGUGCGGCCGCGGUGCAGGAGCUAGGGAUACCUAAAAAGGGAGCCAACGAUUCGAAGCCGAAGCGGGGCCAAAAUGUUAAAAAAUAUCAAAAUUCUCCCGACAUGACUCGAGGUUCUCGCCAUUCAGGUGAAAUCAAUCAAAACAAUUCUCGCAGUGUGGAGCCCCCUGCCUCACAGCCAACACAUGCUUCUGCGGCGCGGUUCUGGAAAGAUUUACCAAAACAGCAAGCUCCGAAGGCAGAAGCCCCCCGAGGUGGUCCAAGAGCAGAACGAGGGCAGGAAACGCAUCAAGCUUCGAACAAAGCUCGAUCGCAGAAGACGAAGUGGAAGCCUGUAGAGCAUGGAUGGUAGAUAGUACGGAAACCCCAGAGAUAAUCGAUCUAGCGGUGCUUACAUUUAGCGAUGUUACCUUUGCUCCAUAGUCUCGUAUAGCUAGCGAACCCUCAUAUGUAAUGAGGAAAUAAAGCGAAUUUAUUCCCGUC